CAUGUGAUGGAUUUGAAAAUAAGUAAGCUUCACUUUUGCUGUAUGCUGACAGGAUAGUAUUAGUUUGUUUUAAUUUUUUUUCUUCAUGGCUUACAGAUGCUGUUUCAUUUAUGUGUUCGUACUGUUAACCCGUUCAGACUCUCUCCAUCAGGUUGUUGAAGUCACUGAAGGAGGCUCUGUCAUCUUGGAGUGCAGUCAAGAAAGUAUUGAGCUUGAAGAAAAACAGCUGACAGUCCACUGGAGACACAACGACAUCAGAAAUGUAUUCGACAUUAUCAAUGGAAACGUUUCUAUAAAGGAACAGGAUCCAGCGUACAAGAACAGAGCAGAAGUUUUACGCGAGGAGCUUAAGAAGGGGAACAUCUUUCUCAAACUCACCGAUCUUCAGCUCUCUGAUGGAGGAACGUAUCUCUGUUUUGUCCCAGAUUUGGGACUUGAGCACAGCACACAGCUGGUGGUCAAAGAAAGAUCAUGCAUAACAUGCACAACUGCUGAAGUAAGAAGCCACGGUACAGGAGCGAGACUGGAAAAGACUCUGUACCUCCUAAUACAAUCAUCUGGAUUCAUUCUACUUUAUUUGAUUGGAUAGUGAAGCAGUGAGUGAUCCAAAUGAUUCUGUUAAAUAUGGCUCAAUUCAGACUAGUUCUUUACUGAUA